UCUGUCAUGAGACUCUUGAUACAAACCGGUUGUGAUGUUUUGAUGGUCCUGAACUGGCGAAGAUGAUUUUACCUUUCUUGCUCGGUUUACUGCUCAUGACAGUCUCUGAAAACGAUGCAGCCGAGAAGAUUCAAGCUUUCGUCAUUCCCCACAGUCACAUGGAUGUUGGCUGGGUGUACACAGUACAGGAGAGCAUGCACGCAUACGCCAGCAAUGUCUACAGCACUGUGGUAGAAGAGCUGGCUAAAGUCAAAAAACGCAAAUUCAUCGCAGUUGAACAGGAGUUUUUCCGACUCUGGUGGACGAAUGUGGCAUCAGAUUGGCACAAGAAACAGGUGAGACAGCUGCUGCUGGAGGGUCGUCUGGAGUUUAUCAUCGGUGGUCAGGUGAUGCAUGAUGAGGCGGUGACAGAUGUUGACGAUGCCAUUCUUCAACUCACAGAGGGUCAUGGCUUUUUGUAUGAAACUUUUGGUGUUCGGCCACGUUUUGCCUGGCACGUGGACCCGUUUGGAGCUUCAGCUACCACUCCAAUCCUCUUCGCCCUGGCAGGGUUUGAUGCUCACCUCAUCUCUCGCAUCGACUACGACCUUAAAGAUGACAUGCAGAAAAACAAGAAAUUGCAGUUUGUGUGGAGAGGUUCUCCAACUCUAAAGGAAAAACAGGAGAUAUUUACACACACAAUGGACCAGUUCAGUUACUGCACACCAUCGUAUAUCCCCUUCUCUAACAGGUCUGGGUUUUACUGGAAUGGUGUUGCCUUGUUUCCAGACCCCCCUAAAGAUGGCAUAUACCCCAACAUGAGUCUCCCAGUGACAAAGGAAACUGUGGAGCUUUAUGCACAGACCAUGGUGGACAACAUCAGACUGAGGGCCCAGUGGUUCAGAAGCAGCCAUGUUCUCUGGCCUUGGGGCUGUGACAAGCAGUUCUACAACGCAUCCGUGCAGUUCUCAAACAUGGAUGUUUUGAUGAACUACAUUAAUGCACACAGUGAUAAGUAUGGAGUUACAGUUCAGUACGCCACACUAAAGGAUUAUUUCCAGACACUGCACCAAACUAAUCUGUCCUGGGACGUAAGAGGAAGUCAAGACUUUCUUCCUUACUCAACAGAGCAGUUUCAGGCAUGGACUGGGUUCUACGGCUCCAGAAAUGUGUUGAAAGGAGUAGCACGACGAGCAAGUUCACUUUUGUAUGCAUCAGAGUCUCUCUUCACUAGAUACCGUAUCAGCUAUCCAGAUGGUCCAGUUCAGAGAGAGUGGGCUCUAGGCAAACUCAAGGCCCUGAGAUGGGCUGUCUCUGAGGUUCAACAUCAUGACGGCAUCACAGGGACCGAAUCUCCCAAAGUGGCUGAUAUGUACAUGGAGCAUCUCUUGCAAGGCAUGAUGGGAGCUGAGGAACUCUUGGCGGCCAUUUUCUUGCUUCCACAGACCCUUUCCAAUGACAUUCAUGACCAACUCAAAACGAGACCCACCAUAGUCAAGACUGACUCAGAAAAUGUUCCUGAACAGCAUAUCUUCGUGUACAACCCCCUUGCCUGGAAUAUUUCAACAUAUGUUAAUGUUUCUGUUCAAUAUGCAAUGGCAGUAGUGCUUGACGAUGAUGGAAAGGCAGUACCUGCUCAGAUCCAGCCAUCGAUGGAGUCUUCCACUGACUAUGAUCUGUUUUUCGUUGUUGAACUGGGUGGUCUGCAAUACAGAAAGUACACUAUACAGUUCCCACAAUCCCCCUCUGACACUGGCUCUGCCUGUGGGCCGACUUAUGUGGCCAAAGUAGUGAAAUUUAAUAAGAUAAACGUGAGCCAGUGGAAGAGGACUGGUAGAAAGUUGUUACCAGUUCUGAAUGAGUGCUAUAAACUGAUGUUUGACCAAGAGACAAAUCUUCUGCACAGCAUCACAGACCGGUCCAAAAAGACGAGAGUUCGUGUUCAGCAGGACUUUUGGGAGUAUAAGGCCAAUGGGGACGUCCAGUCUGGGCCGAUUUCAGACAACUACAUCUUUACUGCCAACAGCUCAGCUGUUCCUGCUUACAAAUCUGUGGCCAUGGAGAUUGUGCCAGGGAAGGUCGUCUCAGAGAUACGUCAGUAUUUCUACAGGGAGGAAGAAGACACAAACCACACUUACUCUGUGGUGACCAGAGUGCCGGUGGGGUUCAAGGGUCGCCUGUCCUGCUUCAGGCUGGAGCAAAGCUAUAAAGUGGGCCCUCUAGAGGUGAACAGAGAGACGGUGUUCAGAACCCGCACCAGUCUGAAGAAUAACAGAACACUGUUUACUGACAACAAUGGCUAUCAGAUGAUGAGAAGGAGCUAUAAGGCCUAUGCUAACAACACAGUGGCCCGGAAUUACUACCCAAUGGUGCGAGUGGCCUACAUGGAAGAUGAAUCCAGCAGAGUGGUGUUUCUCAGUGAAAGAGCUCAUGGAGUGGCCAGUCUGAGUCAGGGUCAGCUAGAAGUGAUGCUUCAUAGGCGGCUCUGGAACAACCAGGAGUGGAAUCGGGGUUAUAACCUGACUCUCAAUGACUCGUCCGUGGUGCGGCCCAUUCUUUGGAUGAUGCUGGGAUCUCCUGAUUCAUUGUCAUCCAUCUAUCAGCAGGAGGCAGUGGAGCUGCAGCACAGACCAGUGGUUAUGGCCAUUGACCAGCCCCAGAAGCCACUGAAUCCGAGAGAGACAUUUAGUGGGCCGUCUGUUCAUCCGGUUGUGCUUCCUCAGAAUCUCCACAUGCAGAGCCUCAGCAUCCCAGGCUGGAACUACAGUCCUGAACACGGCUCAGGUGGAGAUGAAAAGUCAGAGAUCAACUUUGAUCGUAUUCUUUUGAGGAUCACACACCUGUAUGAAGAAGGAGAAAACCCAGUGCUGUCACAGCCCACCACUAUUAACCUAAAGGAAGUUAUGCAGGGCAUAGGGCAAGUGUCAAAGGUUCAGGAAUGCUCUCUCACUGGAACCUGGAAUAUAUCAGACCUCCAGAGGUGGAACUGGAAAACGAAUGAAACCAUGCAAAAAACAGAUAAAAGCGUUUUUAGUCGUGUUACCCAAGACUUCAGUGUGACCAUUUCCCCAAAAGAAAUCAGAACCUUCUUCAUCUACUUUUAAUAAACUGUCUGGCAGCAGCCAGUAGUUAUCUUCUGUGAAGAUUAAUUUCUGAAAAUAUUCCUGAAUUGUCCCAAAAUUGAUCAUCUAAGCAUCUAUUCUUAACAUUUUACAAAACUCUUUUGUUAAA